GCGCCUCGGCCUCGGCUCGGCGGAAAAACAAUUCCCCAUUCCUCUCCACUCUCCGUCUCCCCUCCCCUCCCCUCCCUCAGUGGCAGACGCUCUCCUAGUGCUGUGGGCGUGUGGGGGCGCUACAGCUAGGGUUCCGCUCCGCGAAUCCGUCGCCGUGGUGCUGCCUGCCGGGAUCUGCUGCUGCUGCUGCUUCUGCUUCGGGGCUCGGCGGCCGCGGCGGUUGAUCCGGCGGGCGCGAGAUGAAGUCGUCGCUGCGGAAGCUGCGGGGCUUCGCGCUGCAGCGCCACGAGCAGCGGGUGGACCGUCACCGCGACCACUCCACCGCCGCCAAGGCCGCGGACGAGCUCCUCGCCGCCGCCCAGGAUAUGGCAGAUAUGAGGAACUGCUAUGAUAACUUGCUUGCCGUUGCAGCAGCAAUAGCAAACAGUUCAUAUGAAUUCUCUGAAGCACUACAAGAAAUGGGGACUUGUUUACUGAAGAGAGUUACACCAACUAAAGAUGGAAUUAAUGAUAAGGUUUUGCUGUUGCUCGGGAAAUCGCAGUUUGAACUUCGGAAACUUGUAGAUAGUUAUCGUGUUCAUGUUCUUACUACCAUUACCACUCCAUCACAGUCCCUACUUAAUGAGCUUCAAACUGUAGAGGAAAUGAAGCGACAGUGUGAUGAAAAAAGAGAAUUGUUCGAAGUCUUGCUAAAUGCGCAGAAAGAGAAGGGGAGAUCUAAGAAUUCCAAAGGCGAUCCGGCUGCGUCAGAGCAAUUGAAACAAGCUCAGGAAGAUUAUCAAGAGGAAGCAACUCUUUUUCUGUUCCGGUUAAAGUCAUUGAAGCAAGGACAGUUUCGAAGUCUUUUCACACAAGCUGCUCGGCACCAUGCCGCCCAGUUAAAUUUAUUCAGAAAGGGUGUCAAGUCUCUUGAGGCUGUGGAGCCACAUGUUAGGCUUGCUGCCGAGCAACAACACAUCGAUCAUCAGUUCAGUGCACUUGAAGAUGAGGAUUACUCUGUUGAAGAUGAAAAUGAUGACGAUUACAAUGAGAGUCAUGAUGGAGAACUCUCUUUUGAUUAUGGAGAAAGCAAGGAAACUGCAGAAGCUGGUCAUGCUUCCCGUAGUCCUACAGAGGAUUUUUUUGAUAGAAGCAAAGGAGAUUAUUCCUCUUUUCCUGGUGAAAGACAAAGACCUGUAAGCCAGUCCGCUCCACUUUUUCCUGAGAAAAAGCUUGAGACAGCAGAAAGAGUAAAAGAGCUGCGGCGUUCUGCAACGAGGAAGUUACAUACUUAUGUUUUGCCUACUCCAAAUGAUGUUCAAGCCACCUCUCAGACAGUCGCGGGAAAUCCUACGAGUGGAUCUCCUAUAGAGAGCAAAAGUGUUUUCCAUUCAUCUCCGCUCAACCCAAGCACACAUAUGGGAGAUUUGAGAGACAAUAAGCUACCAAGUCCUGCCAGAUUAUCUAAUGCACAGUCUGUGCUGAAAGAAAGCAAUACCAAUACAGCAGAAAUAAGGACAAUGCUCCCAGUUGUUGAUCCGGCUUUACCAGGCUAUAACAAUUUGAAGACUUCUUCUGACAACAAAAAAGUGAAGAGGGGGUCCUUUUCUGGUCCGAUUCCUCUCCGACCAAGGUCAACAGAGAAUAUUGAUGCCGCCGCCGCAAGGCACAGCUCUGCACAUCAGCCAACAGUUCAUGUGAGAGUGUCACCCAGUUCCUCCCCGCCACCCAUAUCGUCACCCAGAAUUAAGGAGCUUCACGAGCUACCACGACCGCCCACUGGUGCGUCAAGAAAUACAGCAUUUUCUAGUUUAGUCGCCCACUCUGCGCCGUUGGUACCAAAUUCUGCCCCGUUGGCAUCCAGAGGCCACUCAGGGCAGGACCAUUUUAAUUUUAGGGCCAGGCAAACACCACCAAGUGCUCCACAAACUGCAUCGCCUCUACCAACACCGCCUGGGCCUAUAUCCCGUAGUUUCUCUAUACCCUCUAGGGGCAUUAGAACAGGUAUUUCAGAUGGCAAAGAAACAGAAGAUCAUCAAGAUAAAGGGGCCGCUAGAAUGAGUCUCUCUUCUCUUCCUUCAACACAAACAUUCUUGGAGGAUCGUCAACCUUUGCCAGCAGCUGCCGAGUCAGUUAGCAGAACAUAGGGAUAUUUGGUGUUAAGGUGGGAUUUUAUAUGAUAAUAUAAUAUGUCAUGCUAAUCGAGAGGCUUGGCUACUUUUUUCAUGGAAAAACAAUGUACAUACUAGUAUGAGAACUAAACCCAUAUUGCGAAGUAGCUGGUGGUGGUUGGUGUCCCCUAUGGUUGAGUGUAGUUGUGCAAAUAACGAGUUUGUUGAAUAAAAUUCUCCAUUUUUCGCUCUGAUAAUUUUAUGCAAGAUUUGUC